CGGAAGCGGGCGGCCCGGCCGGAGGGGCGGGGUUUAGUGGCGCCUCCUUCGCCUCACUUCCUGUUCGCCGUUGAAGACGGGACUGUUUCUGUGCUGCUGUAAGAGGAACGUUUUCCGGGGUUUCUCUUCGUGCUUGGAAAUCCCGGGCCGAGGAUGACCCGUCAUGGGAAGAACUGCACUGCAGGCGCCGUGUACACGUAUCACGAGAAGAAAAAAGACACUGCGGCCUCAGGCUACGGAACUCAGAACGUCCGCCUGAGUCGGGAUGCCGUCAAGGAUUUUGACUGUUGCUGCCUCUCGCUGCAGCCCUGCCAUGACCCUGUCGUCACCCCCGACGGCUUCCUGUACGAGCGGGAAGCCAUCCUGGAGUAUAUUCUGCACCAGAAGCGGGAGAUUGCCCGGCAGAGGAAGGCAUACGAAAAACAGCGAGGGGCCCAGCAGGAGGAGCAGCGGGAGCUAAGCCGGGCGGCCGCCCAGGACCAACUGCGGGGCUUCCUGGAGAAGGAGGCGGCCAUUGUCAGCCGGCCCCUCAACCCUUUCACUCCUCGACCAGGGGCCAGCCCAGGAGACGCUCAGCCAGGACCCAACUCAGCCCCUGAGGCCGGGGACAAGGACAAGGACAAAGCCAAGGAGUUACCCAGUUUCUGGAUCCCAUCCCUGACCCCUGAAGCGAAGGCCACCAAGCUGGAGAAGCCGUCGCGCAUCGUGACGUGCCCGAUGUCUGGGAAACCCUUGCGCCUGUCGCACCUCAUAUCUGUCCACUUCACACCCGUGGAUGGCUCCGUGGACCGGGUGGGGCUGAUCACUCGGAGCGAGCGCUAUGUCUGCGCAGUGACACGGGACAGCCUAAGCAACUCCACCCCCUGUGCCGUCCUGCGGCCUUCGGGGGCUGUGGUGACCGUGGAGUGUGUGGAGCGUCUCAUCCGCAAGGACAUGGUGGACCCCAUCAGUGGGACUCCAUUGACAGACAAGGACAUCAUCCUGCUACAGAGGGGCGGCACUGGCUUUGCAGGUUCUGGGGUCCGGCUGGAGGCCAAGAAGUCUCGUCCUGUGAUGCAGGCCUAAAGGGGCCCCCGGGCUGGGGGGGGGGCGGGAUGGAGCAAGUGGAUAAUGGAUGUGCUGCCUCUGGCUCCUUGGCACCUGUGUGAGGCAUGAGGUCCCCAGCAUCGUGCUGCCUCCCAGCUCUGGGAAGCCCCAGACAGGUCAGACACCGAGAAGGUGAGGCCUCAGCUUUUAUUGCAGCCCCUCCCUCCUACGCAUUCUCCUGGUCCCCACUGAGCUCUGAGGCCCAGAGGGAGGGAUGAGGAGAAGUGGUCCUUGCUGCAGGUUUGGGUCUCCACUUUCUACUCUUGCAUUUGGGGGCCGGACCUGCAGGGGCUCUGGGUUGUGACCCAGGAAGGCCUGGGGGAGCUGGGCCCCCACAUAUGUCCAGAAAGGGUCCAGAGAGGAAAUGUGUCCAGGGGAUCCAUGGGACAUGCUCAGAGCUCACAGUCAUGACCCCCCAACUCUAGGAUUCUGAAGACAGGGCCCCAGCUCUCUGCCAGGAACCCUGGGGCUCCCUGGAUUGGCUGGCUAGGAAUGGGACAGGCGGGUCCCCAGGGCACCAGCAGGGUUGUGGCUGGGAGGCCCGUGGGCCCUUUGUAUCACCAAGUGCUUGGCACGCAGUGACUGUUUAAUAAACGAAGGCUUGUUGAC